AUAAUCUCAAAUAGACAAUAAGAUAUAUUCAUCAACGUUUGUGUGGAUCUUUUUAUUAAAUAUAGUUAUUACAUAAUAUGGAAGAAUUCACUAUGUUACGAUCUAUGUUGGACAUAUUAAAUAGUGAGCAUUCCAAAAAAAAAAAAGCCAUUAUAGAAGCACUGCCUAUACUACUAGAUACCUAUGAUGUUUUCGAAGAAAUAGAUGUUUAUAAUCUGAUUGUGACUAGUGCAAAAAACUUGUGCCUUAAAGUGUUUGAUCCUCAGUUGGAUGGUUUAGCAUGGCAAGAUUCAGAUAUUUCAUUAGAUGAUUUAAACUCCUUAUUAGUUUAUUUCAUUAAUAUUAUUAAAAAACAAAGUAGUGAUGAUAUCAUUCAGUUAUUCCAAUGUUGUAUAGAAUUAACAAAUAAAGUUGAUUUCAAAAAUUGUUCCAAUGAAAGAAUAAAAAAUAUUGGAUUUUGUAUGCAAAGCACAUUUAUGCCGUGUAAUGGUAAUAUGGAUAAUAACACUCAACUUAAUUACUUAAGAAAUACUUUGACAACUAUACUUAAUGAACCAUACUUAAGUAAAAAUAAGUUAAAUGCUAUAAUAUACUUACUAAACAAUAUUGUGUCAACUAAUUAUGUACCUAUUUUAUGGAAACAUAUUAAAUCUAUGAUUGAAACUCAUCCUAAUYGUAUAAUGGAUUUACUGUUCAAUAUGCAAACUCUAUUCUUUGAUUCUUCCUGUAUUGCUGUUAUCUUAAAUGAUGAUGAUUUUUGGAGCCUAACGUGUAAUUUAUUGACCAGUGAAAAUAAUGUUAUUAGAACUUAUAAUAAUGUCAUACUUAAAUUGUCAUGUUCUCAAUUAUUAAAUGAAAAUAUCAAUUACUUUCCAAAAUUAAAUAAAGAACAGUAUGUAAAAGCAUGGAAUGAUUAUAUGGUUGUAAUAGAAACUCUGGAGAAUACUCAACAACAUUUAACUUUACCUGUUCUGAGUACCGCUAAAAAACUUGCAUUAAGCAAAACUGAUGGUGAUGAUGAUGAUUACUACGAGUUACCUUUGGAAUGGAUUACAGCUAUGUAUUGUAAAAUGUCUAAGCACAGUUCCAAAUAUGUCGUCUUGGCAAGUAUAGACAUUAUCACGAGUAUGCCGAUGAAAUCAUUAAAAACAAAUGAACAACUUUUACUGUCAUUUGUUAGUUCAUUGAACAACGUCUUUUUAUACAAAAUGUCUGGUGAAAUUGUUGUUAACCAACCUCAAUUGGAAAUUAUAUUGUCAUUAUGGCUUAAUAAACUUAUGAUUUCCAAUGAUGGUCAUGAUGUGUUUAGCUUAUUUUUAUCAUAUGUUUCAACUAUUAAGUGGUCAAUUGUACCUUUAACAUUUUUGACAAAAUCAUUAGCUGAUAUUUCACUUGAUCGUCCUUUAGGGUUCAAUAUCAUUAACCACAUGCUCAAAAUAAAGUCUGUUGCUGAAAAAAUGCCAAAUUCAUAUUUGAAAACUGUUAUAUUAACAUUUUUAUUUACAUUUACUUGUAAAUUUAGUUGUGACAUAAAUACURAAUAUUGUUGUGAUUUUUUUAAUUGCAUAAUUGUAUACAAAAGUGAAACACAAUCUUGGAACUAUAUAAUUAAUUCAAUCCAAAAAAUAAAUAAUUUGAAUUAUUUAGACAAGCAAUUAUCUCAGCGUAUAAAUGAAAAGCAUACAAUUUAUUCAACAUCUAUUGGAUUAUUAGUUUUAUCAAAAACUUUUAGUAGUUCUUCAAUUAGCAUAAAAAAGUUGGAUGAAAUUUGUUCUAAGACAGAAGUUAURUCAGAUCUAUUAGAAUUUUUAGAAUGUUUAUUGGAAGUCGAAGAUCACUUUGGCAGUUAUGAUACAUUUGUAAGUCAAAUAUUGAKUAAACAUAUUUGGCCACUUACAACACGUUGGGUUGACAAAUGUUUUCAAAUAUUAGAAGAAAAUCCUUGUGAUGAUCUAAUUAUUUGUCGCUUUUUGGAUAAAGUUUUAUCCUCAAAUCGAAUAAUAAAUAAUAUAAACCCUAUGAAUAUUUGGCUURGUAAGUGUUAUUCUAUUCUUACGAAACACUCUGGCAAUUAUUCUAUUUUAUCAAUAUAUAGUUGGAUUGGUAAAUAUGCAACAAAACAUUCGUUUGAAAAUACCUUAAAAAACGAUUGGCUAUCUUUCACUAAACAUUUUAUUGAUUCUGGAUUUUUUUCUAUUAAAAAUAAAGAUUUUUUUCAUUCAAAAAAACCUGGAAUGCAUCAAAUUCCCCAAUUGGAUAUAAUAAAUACAUUUUUUCAACAUUCUACAGUACCCAAAGAACAAAUAUUGAGUAUUUUUGAAUGGUUAAUGGAUAAAACUCUAGAACGUCAUGAUUUAUACUGGAGUGUAUAUUUUUCAACUGCUAGGUCAUUUUUAUGUAAACUUCCAGUACAAGAGCAUUCACAGUUAAUAAUGCAAUUCAUCAAAAACUGUUGGGAGUUUUUAGUUGAUUGUCGAGUAUCUUGUUUUCCUAAUGCUACCAAAAGUUUUAUUAAAAUGGCAUUUAAUGACAAUUUGUUAUUAGAAGAAAAAUAUUUAAUAUUUGUCAAAAAUCAGAUUAUUCAAAAUCUUUUGACUGAGAAAUACAGUUAUAAAUUUAGUGUUUGUUUUUCAUUACUUCUUCUUCAAUUUUUGGAAGAAGAUCAACCCAUUAAUAUUUUAGAAUUGAAUCUUUUAAUGUCAGAAUUUUUCGCUAAAUGUAUAUUAUUUAGUAUUGAUCGAUAUGGUGCUCUUAAAAUUGAAUGGGACACGCUUGAAUAUGUAAGAACAUUGGAUGAUUUUCCAUUAAUCAAUGAUAUUCCUGUUGAGUGUUUGCCUGAUGAUAAAUACUUACGUUUUAAUACAAUUAAAUACUUAUAUAAACUAAAUUCCAAUAUGUUAUGGAUAAAUGUUUUAAAUAUAAUUAUUAAGACAGAGUCUUCAUCAAGAGAUAGAAAAUUUUUUCAUAACUCYAAGGCAUACCGCCUAAAACAACGUGUAGUACAAGUUUUACUGAUUCUUGCUUGUGAUAAACAACAUGAGUCAUUUAUAUUUGAUGAAAAUGUAUAUAAAUGGUCAAUAAGAAGUUUAAAAGAAGUAUCUCACAUACAUAGUGUUGCAUAUCAAUUAAUAUGGUUAUUGGUUUUAAUUUAUAAUAAAUGUCAAAGUUUUUAUGACUUUUGGGACGACUUCAAAAGUGCUCAGGAAAAUCAUAAUUUUUUGUGUAGCUUUAUAUCCAUAGUAUAUCACUUGCACAAAAUAAAAAAAAACAAAGAAUUUGAAAUUGAAGCUAAAAAGAAUCUUUUACCUUUAUGUUUUUCAAAUGGCUAUAAAAUACGAUUUUAUGCUCAGUAUAUUCCAUCUCAACCACUAGAUGAGCACACAACUAAAUCAAUGUUAAUAGUUGUUGCAUCUUUGAUAGAUAAAGUUACUAAUUUAGGUGGCUUAGCUAGAACUUGCCAAGUAUUUGGAGCCUCCACUUUAGUUGUYGAUAAUUUAUCAUGUGUAGAAAAAAAAGAAUUUACUGCAUUGAGUAUGACUGCAGAAAAACAUCAAUCCAUUAUUGAGGUUAGAGUUAAAAACCUAAAAUCUUAUUUGCAAAAAAAGAAAAUUGAAGGAUAUCAAAUUGUGGCUGCGGAACAAACAGUAGAUAGCGUAAAGUUGCAUGAAACCAAUUUGCCAUUGAAAUGUGUUCUACUUCUAGGAAAUGAAACCUCGGGUAUUCCACAUGAUCUGUUAAGCGCCAUGGACACGUGUGUAGAAAUAGAGCAAUUGGGUAUUGUCAGAUCAUUAAAUGUGCAUGUAGCUGGUUCAUUAUUUAUUUGGGAAUACACUAAACAACAUUGUCUAAAAGUUUCUAAUUGAUAUAAUUAUUUCAUCAAAGACUUGAUUAUUAAAAUUAAUAAUU